UGGGCACACCGAGGCAGCGAUUGGCGAGGAGGCUCAAGGGGUCCCGCCUCCUCUGUCAGGCCAUUGGUUGGCGCCGCUAGUGGCCGGCGAGAGGGUCCCAAACAUUGUCAGCAGCCAGCGAGGAAUCUACAGAUUAACAAUGGCUGCUGAAUCUCCCCGACGUCCAAGCCGAUGUACUGGAGGAGUGGUUGUUCGACCGCAAGCUGUAACGGAACAGUCAUAUAUGGAAAGUGUUGUUACAUUUCUGCAAGAUGUGGUACCUCAGGCCUACAGUGGCACAACUCCAACAGAAGAAAAAGAGAAAAUUGUAUGGGUCAGAUUUGAAAAUUCUGACUUGAACGAUACAUCAAGGAAUGUGGACUUGCAUGAGAUGCACAGCACUGGCAAUGAACCUCCUUUGUUGCUAAUGAUUGGCUACAGCGAUGGGAUACAGAUAUGGAGCAUACCUAUAAGCGGGGAGGCUCAGGAACUCUACUCCAUCCGACAUGGCCCUGUUCGUGCUGCCCGAGUCCUGCCAUCGCCACAGAUCAGUCCUCAGAAGUGUGAUAACUUUGCUGAGAAGAGACCUCUCCUUGCUGUGUGCAAAAGCAUUGGAUCUUCUGGCACCAGCCCUCCUUACUGUUGUGUCGACUUGCAUUCUUUGCGGACCGGUGAAAUGGUCAAAUCUGUGCAGUUCAAAACACCUAUUUAUGACCUCCACUGCAACAAAAGGAUUCUUGUUGUCGUUUUGCAAGAGAAAAUAGCCGCCUUUGACAGCUGUACCUUCACCAAGAAGUUCUUUGUCACAAGUUGCUAUCCUUGCCCAGGGCCAAACAUGAACCCCAUAGCCCUAGGAAGCCGGUGGCUAGCAUAUGCUGAAAACAAGCUGAUCCGGUGCCAUCAAUCCCGCGGUGGGGCCUGUGGAGACAAUAUUCAGUCCUACACUGCCACAGUCAUCAGUGCAGCCAAAACCAUAAAAACUGGACUCACCAUGGUUGGAAAAGUCGUGACACAGCUGACAGGCACCCUGCCAUCAGGAGCAACAGAGGAAGAGAUAUUGGCGCACAGCAAUACCCGGCGCAGCCCUUUAAUACCUGGAAUCAUCACUGUUAUCGAUACAGAGACGGUUGGAGAGGGGCAGGUGCUCUUGAGCGAGGACUCAGAUAGCGAUGGCAUUGUGGCUCACUUCCCAGCGCAUGAGAAGCCCAUCUGCUGUAUGUCUUUCAACCCUAGUGGCAUGCUUCUGGUCACAGCAGAUACCUUGGGCCACGAUUUCCACGUCUUCCAAAUCCUCACCCACCCGUGGUCAUCUUCGCAGAGUGCCGUCCAUCACUUGUACACGUUACACCGCGGAGAGACCGAAGCCAAAGUACAGGACAUCUCCUUCAGCCACGACUGCCGCUGGGUGGUGGUCAGCACCCUCCGAGGCACGUCCCACGUCUUCCCCAUCAACCCCUAUGGGGGGCAGCCCUGCGUCCGUACGCACAUGUCGCCCCGGGUUGUGAACCGCAUGAGCCGCUUCCAGAAGAGCGCAGGCCUAGAAGAGAUAGAACAGGAGCUGACAACCAAGCAAGGGGGCCGUUGCAGUCCCGUCCCUGGCCUGUCCAGCAGCCCGUCUGGAUCACCUCUUCAUGGAAAACUGAACAGUCAGGACACUUACAACAAUUUCACCAACAAUAACCCCGGGAACCCUCGCCUUUCCCCGCUCCCCAGCCUGACGGUGGUGGUCCCUCUCGCUCAGAUCAAGCAGCCCAUGACGUUGGGAACAAUCACCAAGCGAACUGGACCUUACCUGUUUGGAGCAGGAUGUUUUUCCAUAAAAGCUCCAUGCAAAAGCAAACCAGCUCCACAAAUUUCGCCCAGCAAAUCUGUGGGAGGAGAAUUCUGCGUCGCUGCUGUCUUUGGGUCAUCCAGAUCUUGGUUUGCAAGCAAUCCAGGCCUGAAAAGAGAGAAAGAUCAGUCCAGGCAGUUUGUGGUGGAGUCUCUGUACAUCAUCAGCUGCUACGGCACUUUGGUGGAGCACGUCCUGGAGCCCAGGCCCCUCAGCACCGCCCCAAAGAUCAGCGAUGACACCCCGCUGGAAAUGGCCACUUGCCCAAGGGCCAGCUGGACGCUGGUCAGAACUCCCCAGUGGAAUGAACUGCAGCCGCCCUUUAACUUGAAUCAUCCGCUCCUCCUGGCCGCAGAUUCCAUGCAGUGUUACCAGUAUCUCCUCAUUGGCCUGGUUCCACUUGGAAGUCCAGGACCCAUAACCCGUCACGAAUCCUAUGACAGCUUGGCCUCUGACCACAGUGGGCAGGAAGAUGAAGAGUGGCUUUCUCAGGUUGAAAUUGUGACCCAUACAGGACCUCACCGGCGUUUGUGGAUGGGCCCCCAAUUCCAGUUCAAAACCAUUCACCCGUCAGGCCAAACUACUGUCAUCUCCUCUAGUUCUUCAGUACUGCAGUCACACGGCCCAAACGACACCCCACAGCCUCUCUUGGACUUCGACACGGACGAUCUGGAUCUGAACAGUCUCAGGAUCCAGCCAGUGCGUUCUGAACCCGUGAGCAUGCCGGGGUCCUCGCGCCCAACAUCCGAUCGCCGAGGGAUUUCGACUGCGGGCGAUGCUACCUCAGGUGCCUUCGACCGGAGCGUGACCCUCCUGGAAGUCUGUGGGAGCUGGCCCGAAAGCUUUGGGCUCCGGCACUUGUCCUCCAUGGAGCAAACCGACGAGGGCCUUCGGGAGCGGCUGGCCGACGCCAUGUCCGAGUCGCCGGGUCGGGACAUAGUGGGAUCUGGCACAGAGCUACAGCGUGAGGGAAGCAUCGAGACCCUCAGCAACAGCUCGGGAUCCACCAGCGGAAGCAUUCCCCGGACCUUCGACGGCUACCGGUCACCCCUUCCAACCAACGAGAGCCAACCGCUGAGCCUCUUCCCAACCGGCUUCCCUUGACCGAGUUCCAGGAAGGGGAAAAUAUCGGUAGGCCGACUUCCCGACGCUCCGUGCAAAACCUCAACGUGCAUUUAUCCCAAUGGUUGGACCCUCUUCCGAGGGACUCUGGUUACCUUAACAAACCUUGUCGAUGCCUCUGCUUGCGACCCUUCUGGAACUGUAUGAACAAUAAUACUGAUUUCGCUAUACCGUGCAAUAUGGGGAUCCUUUCCUCCUUUAAUCCGAAUGGCUUUCUAGCAUUUCCCUCCCAGUCUUUCCCUAUCCCUGCCUUGAAUGCAGGGAAUACUUUCAAAGAAGUAUUUUAAGCACCCUUUCGUUUUUACGAGAGUUAAAUGAAAAGUAAUGCCUCCACCUUCGUUACUUGGGUUUGGAUGGGAAUAUUUUAAUAAACGCAGAAAUAAUCCUUAGAAUGUGCUCUUUAACUACCACAAUUCACUUUUCCACAUCAUCACCAGACAAUUGGAUACAUUUCUGCCAACGAUGAGCAGGUUUUCUGAAGCUGUCACGGAAGAAGUCUGUGCGCUUUCAUUUCAGGUGUCAGCAUCCUGGGUAGCCAUCGUGCACAGAUCUUCCAAUAGCCAAGCAAAGCAAUACUGUGACCCACACGUUCUUGUGAAAUGGCGUUUAUGCUUGAAAUUUCUCCCUGAGUGAUACGACGAUCAUCCUGAAUCAAUCUGUCAACCUUUUGCUUGUGAAACUUGGUGGUUGCUGUCACAGGACGUCCAACUCUUUGUUUGUCACGCAAGUCAGAUGUUCCCACCUCAACAUCUUUAAACUUACUCACCCAAUGAUGCACAGUACUCACAUCAACACAAUAACCAGAAACAGCUUGCAUUCUCCUUUUGAGUGACACCUUCUGCUGUCAAGAAUUCAAUGACUGCACGUUGCUUAAGUCGCAUUGACCGACCGUCUGCGCAGGCUUCCAUAAUUCGCACUUUAACAACACAGCCGUUCAAUGCUAAGGCUUCCUGCCAAAAUGGAACUGUAGAGGAGAGUCUACUGAACAAGCCAGUACUUGCCACAUACCAGUACUGCCAUCUGUUGAGGAGUUACAAAGGUGAAGGGAUUACUUUUCACUUUAACAACACAACCAUUCAAUGCUAAGGCUUCCCGCCAAAAUGGAACUGUAGAGGAGAGUCUACUGAACAAGCCAGUACCUACCGCAUACCAGUAUUGCCAUCUGUUGAGGAGUUACGAAGGUAGAGGCAUUACUUUUUAUUCAACCCUCAUAUACACGGUAACCUCCACCCCAGUCCCGAUGGUACACAGAGAUCAGGCCUCUUCAGUCUGAAUUGAUCAUAUUUCAUGGGGAGGCAUCAGAAGUAAUGUGCUGGCCAUGUUUAGGAACCCGCAUGAUCAUGGCUAAUUGGCUGGGGCUGUCAGCAUGUAACUUUUGCAGAUAUAGGAAGCAUUGACUGACAGAUAUGGGAGAGAAGGAGUCCCAGUGUGGAUUGUUUCGGAUGCUAUGGACUUUGUUUCUCCGUCUUCCUUGAUGCCAAGAGUAUUAUAAGAAAGAACCCCCCCCCUCCCUUUUUCCCCCCUUUGUCCUUGGGAAAGAUCAUCCUGGGUGAUUCCAUGUAUUUGAGAAAUGUACCGAAUCCGAUUAACCCCUCCUGCUGGGCUACAGUGUCGAUUCAUCGGGGUUCCUGUCCAAAAGCGCAUGCGAUCUUAAUAAAUCUCUGUGGUGAUUUCGCUUCGAGAAA